UCUGGUUCUUUAUUCUAUGGUUUUCAUGAUCGUGACGUCGAGGCUGCACGAGCAAAUAAAUGGACGACGUUGGUACGGCUAAUGACUCACUGCAUCCAUUUCGAAGUCCGCCGAAGCUCUCCCGGAGUGUCCGUGCCUUGUUGCAACGGAGAAACUUUGUCAAGGAGGAAGUUGUUGGUGCAGAAAUAAAACGCGAAACCGCGCCUUUUCCAAAACCGGCAUCGACGGCGUCAUCAGUUAAACAUGGCCGCUCAGCAUUUUGUCUGCUGGAACUUGGCAAGUGGUUGAAACUUUCGCGUCUCUCCCUCCACUCUUAUGUUGGGGCCGUCCAGGCCCUCGUAUUAGGUCCUGCUUUUUGUGUUUGUCCCUUCCGCGUAGCCAUGAAUGCAGACAUCGAAAGUUUCAUCAGUAGGAACUGUCCCUGGAGCAAGCUGCCGGACAGCGCAAAGCGGCUGCUUGGAAAUUCGGAGAAAGAGUUCGAGAAGACUGUCUUUCAGUAUAGCAUCAAAAACCAGCUGCGGUUCCGGGGAAACCUGGUGAGAACAUACCACCGGGAUGAAAAGUCCUACUAUGACAGCGUGCUGCAGUACAGCCGAAGUCACCUGAUGCUCUACCCAUACCACCUGUCUGAUUACAUUGUCACGAGAAUGCGCAUCACCCCUUUUCAGUAUUACAUUUCCAUUAUGCAGGACCUCAUGGAGCAGGAACGAAGCUACGAUUCGUUGCCUAAUUUCACUGCUGCUGACUGUUUGAGAUUGCUUGGCAUAGGCCGGAACCAAUACAUCGACCUGAUGAACCGCUGCAGGUCUUCAAAGAAAUUCUUUACGGUGAGACGGAAGUCGGUGCGAGACCUCCUGCCGACAAAACCAGUGCCAGACAUUCCCAUCGAGCCUUGGUGGUACAUCAAUGUUGGCUACGUCACGGAGGAUGACAUCAAGGUCGUCUCGACAGGUGAGAAGACCGUGAUCGACAAAGUAAUCGAUGAUGGACCACAGAGGGCUGGGACACUGAAAGCGGAUGAUGUGAGAAGCCUCUACCUGAAGGGGCUGGUAUACAUUGACGUUCCCCUCCAUGACCAUGACUGUGUCUCAGUGCCUCCUCUGGAAGGUUUUGUGAUGAACAGAGUACUUGGAGAUUAUUUUGAGACGUUGCUGUACAAAAUAUUUGUUUCUAUAGAUGGGAACACCCCACUCUCGGAGCUUGCUAGUGUGUUGAGGAUCGACGUUCAACUUGUAAAGAAUGCUGUAUCUAUGUACUGUCGGCUCGGUUUUGCACAAAAGAAAAAUAAGGACAUGUCGGGAUUGGAUCCUUCCUGGUUGACACAGAACUGCAAGGCUGUCAAGUCCAGCAGCCUGGAGGUUCAGGAGUUCAUGUCAGUGUUGCACACGGAAGUGGAGAAAGAAGGCCGGCUCGUCGGUGGAGAGUCGGCACCCGCCCUGGAUUCUACCAGCCUGGAUGAAUCUGCACCAACAGAUUUGUCCGCAACGGGAAACCGUGUGAAACGGAUAGGCUUCCUUUUCGACUCCAACCUGACCGCCUUCCUGAUGAUGGGCAACUUGUCCCUGGGUCUGAAGAGUCAUGCUGUGACCAUGUUUGAAGUGGGUAAACUCUCGGACGAGUCGCUGGACAGCUUUCUCGUGGAGCUAAAGAAAGUAGGAGAGGCAGGGGAAGGAGAGGCUCAACGGUACUUUGACCACGCGCUGACCCUGCAAGACACCGUUUGCUUCUUGCGCCACAACGCCGCCAUCGUACCGGAAAGCGAGACCCAACCGGCCGAGGAGUCGUCGUCGACAACUGGUUUUGGCCUGGGUCUUGACCUGGUGCGCUGCGAGAGCCUGCAGAACCUGGACCAGGACACCUGCGCACGGCUGCUCAACAAAAACUACGCGCUGUUGGUAUCAAUGGCACCGCUGAGCAACGAAGUGAGGCCAGUCACCAGCUGUUCACCUCCUCACUUGGGACCUGCCGUUCCUGAGGUGAACUCUGCCUGGUUCAAGCUGUUCAUCUACGUGCUGUCUGGCCACGGUCCCCCGUCUCUCCUGGUUUCCAAAGGAACACGGUUACGAGUGCUGCCCAGCAUCUUCGAGGAGUACGACAAGCUGCUGGUCACAACGUGGGGUCACGGCCCAGGGACAGUUCCCACAUCAAGUGCCCUCAUCACCCUCAACGAUGCGCUCACGCAUUCCGCUGUGCUCAUUCAGGCCCAGGGUGUGCCUAAUGGGCAAGUUAACAUUCCAUUCCCAUUUGACGACCAAGAAAGCAGUACAGGGAACAAGCUUGUCAAUCACCCAGCCUUGCAGCGGCUCUCAGAGGAGCUUCAACUUGGCUGUUCAUGUGGCUACGUCACACUCAUGCGGAUACGAGCCCGGGAACCCAUCGAUAUAGACGAGCCGCCCGACGACGAUGAUGAUGACGAGCGUCUUGAGGAUUGGACGCUACUCGACUGUUGCUAUGGCAUUCCGCUCUUUGACAACGCACUCAACAAAGACGUCUGUGCCAAGAUUCUCAAGCACAAGCUGUGCACCAAAGACAACCUGAAGCAGCUAACCAAGUCAAAUCGGCGGCUGGCAUUGCGGCUUCUCGACUUCAUCUCCGACUACGAGGCUGACCCCUUGGUGCUGAAUACGGAAACGCUGCCCCUUCCAACGCAGAACCUCCUUUUUCACGACGGAACGUUGAGUGUAUGGGACGGAUGUUGACGUGAUGGCAAGAGGUCGUCGAAUAAAAUGGGAAUUUGUUA